CAUGUUGCGGUGUUGGAUGCUGUAUUUGAGUCGCUGCUAAUAUUUUGAACUUAUCGUAGAGGGGGAAACUGCAGCUCCACCCGUUUUCUUAAUUGUUUGCGCUUUACACGCAGCUUAAAUUAGUUGCUGAGUUCGAAAGUUAUUACAACAGAUAGACUACUCUUGUCGAACAAAAUCCAUACAGUCAAAGCUGGAGAUGACAUCUGGAGGUCUGGGACUUAGCGAGGGCCUUGGUCAAGACAUAAGUCAGGAGGAGCUGGACUUUUCCGACUUGUUUCUGUAUAAUCCAUCUGGGGAAGAUUUUCCUGUCGGCUCUGACAGAGAUGAUCCAGGUGCUCUCCUUCAGGACAACAGUCAGACUCCUCUGCUGGUGGCUGACCAUGACAGUCUGUACAUCCCCACCUCCAACCAGCCAGCCACCAGCCAGAAGCCCUCCUCUCACAGCCCCACCACAGAAACCCUGUCCGAGGCUGUGUUUGACUCCCUGGGGCUGGUAUCGAGAGCAGGGAACAUCCCUGCUCCAAGCCCCAGGAUUGAGAUCACUCUCUCAGGUGACUCCCUCAGCUCUCAGACCCUGGAGCCCAGCCCUGGCACCAAAGCACUGGGAGCUUACAGGGAGUGUGUGAGCCCUGCCAGCAGUAACUCCUCUACAGGAUGGCCAGCAGAGGCAUAUUCCCCUGUGGCAUCACCAUGUGUCUCCCCUUCCAACGGAGGUGGCUGUAGCAUGGGCUUGUCCGCCUUAGACCUCUGCCCAGGCCUCCAAGGCAUCUACACUUCUUCUGCACACUCCUCUCCAGGAGCCUCACCUCACAACAGUGUCACCGAUGAAACCUUUCUGCUACCACAACACCAACGUACCUCCACAACACUUCCUCAUCAGCGCUCCCGCUCUGCCUCACCACAUGGAAAGCGUGCCUAUGACCAGUUUCACUCCUGUCAGGGAGCAACUCCUGUCAAGCAGCGCUCCCGGAGCCCCAGCCCCAGCCCUUCGCCCCAUGAGCAGCAGGGGUCCUACUACCUGCAUCAAAACCAGGCUCAAGCUGAGUUGCAGGCCCAAGUUCAGACCCCCUCCCCAGGCCUGGAGGAGGACUGGAGCUUUGUCUCCAGUGUGUCCAGAGCAGCACCUUCCGCAAUGGUGCGAAGUGCACAUACACAGGCCCAGGGACAGGACUGUGUGUAUGGAGAGAGGUAUGACUGGGCCACUGAGCAGGAGAGGACUGGCAGGGGUGAAGCUGAGGUCAAGUGUGAGACCUUCUAUAUGCUUCCAACUGUGUGGUCUUCUCCUCAUCCAGCUCAUCAUGUAGCAUUCAGCGGCCUCUCUGUGGCCCCACUUCCCCCUUUAGAGUGGGAAUUGCCCUCUCAGUACAGUCAGUAUGAUCUAAUGAUCCUACAACAGCCCAGAUCUCACCACAGAGCUCAAUAUGAGACCGAGGGCAGCCGUGGAGCUGUAAAAACACCUAAAGGAGGUCAUCCAGAAGUUCAGCUCCGUGGGUACCAAGGCACAGCUCCACUGGGGCUGCAGGUAUUCAUAGGGACAGCAGACGAGAGGCUCCUGAAACCCCACGCCUUCUACCAGGUCCAUCGCAUCACUGGGAAGACUGUCACCACCCCCAGCAUUAAGAGGAUGAUCAAUGGGACCAAAGUGGUGGAGAUCCCCCUGGAGCCAAAGAACCACAUGAGAGUGGUGAUUGACUGCAUAGGGAUCUUGAAGCUGAGAAAUGCCGAUAUUGAACUGAGGAAUGGUGAGACGGACAUUGGACGAAAAAACACUCGUGUGCGUUUGGUGUUUCGUGUCCACAUUCCUCAACCUGGGGGCCAGCUCGUGUCUCUUCAAGUUGCCUCUGAUCCUAUUGAAUGCUCCCAGCGCUCAGCUCAGGAGUUCCCUGCAGUUGAGAGGCAGGAUCUGGACAGAUGCUCAGCAUUAGGAGGUCAACAAAUGGUCCUCACUGGACAAAAUUUCACACCAGACUCCAAGGUGCUAUUCUCUGAGAAGACACAAGAUGGGCAGCAGAUCUGGGAGGUGGAGGCUACUGUGGACAGAGACAAAACACAAGCUAACAUGCUGUUCGUUGAGGUCCCUCCUUAUCGAGACCGGACCAUUUGCCAUCCGGCUAAAGUCAACUUCUACGUCAUCAAUGGGAAGAAGAAGCGCAGUCAGCCUCAGCACUUCAUCUACACUCCUGUGAUAGCCAUUAAAGCAGAGCCACUGGAUGACUAUCAGCUGAAUUCAUAUGGCUACUCAGACAGUCAGUCUCUGUCUGGCCUAUCAGUGAAGUCACUCCAUCAUCACCUGGAGCAGGACAGCAACCUUCAAACCCUGAGUGUUUCUCCAGCAUUGUAUCAUCUAGCCACUGUAGACCCCAGAGCCUGUAUGUUAACACCUGAUCCGCUGGAUGAUCAACCAGUAUUUUACCAGUCAAGAACAGGCACUCUGAUCAACAGCCCCAUGUUGUACCACACUGUAAACCAACGUUACAACAACAGCGGUUUCCCCCUCCUUGGUGGCUCAACAAUGGCUUCCCACCCUGGUACCACUUCUAGUCAGUGUGUCAGUGCUAGAACCCCUGUGGGCAAACUGAGUGAAGGACCUCAAGCUGUUGAUUCAUUCGAGCCCUGUUUGGGGUCAAGACCUCAGGGUUUUGUGCAGACAACACUACCACCGAGGAAGUCGCCACCUUCAAAAUACAUCCACAGUCAAGGCAGAGUAGAGCCAGGUAGAGGAAACCAUGAGGAACAGGCUCCAAACCGGGUCACGGUCAAACAGGAGAUCCUCAGCUUUGCCUACCUGGAAGAUGUGAAUGACAUCAUUAGAAGAGACCUGAGAGACCACAAUGGACAGUGAACCUAGAGGCCUGCAGCAGUCCUGAUGUUCAUCAUAUUCAGUGUUUAAGCAGUCAGUAUAAUUGGCAGCCUUGUGGAAAUACAAAUAUAAGAUACUGAUGGUCUCAGAAGAAGCUUGUAAGAGUUGUAAUGAAGAAAAAAUUCAGUAGAAGCAGAUAUUUAAGGCAGUCUAUAGAAAGUAACCCUUAACAGGAUUAUGUGAUAUUUCUUUGGUAUUAGGAAGGGUGGUGGUUUACCUCAACUACAACAUUUUACAUUAGAAAAUGGGUCAGCGCUUACUGUGUUUGCCUUAAAUAUCUCCAUACAAUUUAGUCUUAGCAA